CCUACCUCGCCUGUGCAAGUCUGAUCUCAUUCAAAGAGGAAGUUUCCUUCAUAUUUCUUCCACAGGAACCGGCAUGCCAUGUGGAAUAGAACGUUGGCCACAGUUUUCCCUCCAUGAACAAUCUCUUAGAGAAGAAGAAGAAGAAGACGAAUGACUACUGCUACAUAAUUCUCCCCCUUCGUACCUGAAUUAAUAGCUUGGAUGCGAGUUUGACGUUUAACUGCCGAUCGGGUGAGAGUUUGGAUUCCACAAGACAGAUCUUGAGUUGAGAGCGUUUGUCCCCCAGGUGUUCGAGCAAUUGAUUGACUCAUUGGCGUCAGGGCUCCAUCCGGCCCACAUGAUCGAAUCAUUAGCCAGUGAAGAAAUGAUGGGCUUGUCACAGGUCUGAUGCUCGGCUCAAACCUGCUCUGCCUCUCUUCCAUGUUCGUGGCAAAGAGAAACCCCACGGAGAUCCAGCUUUUUCUAGGCAGUACCGUCAAUUGUGUGGCAAGAAUAACUCCACUUAGAACCUGCUCUCGGAAGAGAUGGCUGCACAUAUGUGUCCAUAUCCACCCAGCCUGACAAGUCCCCGAGUGCUCGACACAGCUGCUGCGAUCCCCCCCACCCAAGACCUGCAUCAAGCAGUGGAAGUUUCAGAGCACAUGUUAUCCAUGUCAGAACACACCGUUUCUUCUCGUGCAAUGGCAGUAACAGUAGGGUAAAAAACCUAGCGGUAACAGCGCCCAACUCUGUUCUUAUUCUUCUGAUGACUCGUGGACGCAGCCAGGUCCACCUGGUCUGACUCAGUGAGUUAGCCACUCGACUGUUGCAUAAAGAAAGGCCGCCGACACGGCGAUCAUCUUUGCUGCCAUAUUACCGCCCACUCUGUCAACGCCUGUCGUAUCAAAUCUCUGCUUUCGAGAUUUGCCAUCUGCGCUCGUCCCAUUGGAUCCAAAAAAGCGCAGAGAAAGGAAGGCUUGCGGAGCAGUAGGAUCUAAUGCUGGCGCCAGCGGACUUGAAUGAGUUGCUUGGGAACAUUAGCAGCGACGACGACCGACGACGGACGGCGUUCUUGAGGUCGGCUUUCCUUCGAAAUGAACAGAUAAGGACGUUGUGUAUCUUUAUGCCUGUAGCAGUGUUUGAUUGACUGGGGCACCAGAAGUGUUGAAACUGGCGACGUUGUGCUCGCAAGUGGUAGUUGUGUGACCACCUACUCCAUGGAUUAAAGAAACAUGGCCGAUCCAUCCUUGUCGUUAUAGUACCUGUAGUUAUGGGACGGAACGAAGGGGAGUCGUGGCAUCAGCCGUAAAUAUGGAUGCCGAUAAUGGCGUUUGGAGAGCGGAGAGCCGGCCCGCCGGUUCAUGCGGUAACGGGCCCCAUCCCGGUUCGGUGAACCGGUGCCGGCUCGACUCGGUUCCUUCUGUGGCCUAUAAAGGAAGGAUUUGGCGAGUUACGGGAGAGGGCGGAUUCGAGUGAAAGCCGAAAUCUUCGCGCCCUCUCUGUCUCGCUUUGUUGAUACAAAGACGAGAAGAGCGGACGGCGGAGAAUGAGGGGCGACCGGGGAUCGACGGCGGAGGAGGCGGUUCCAUGGUGGGAGAAGGAAGUCGCAGCGGCGGCGGCGGCGGCGGCGGCGGGGGAUGACGAGGAAGGGUGGAAGUGCCGGAAACAGCACGUGCAGCCCCUUUACGGAGUCUGCCCCUCCUGCCUUCGCGAUCGUCUCCUCCGUCUCUGCCCGGACUGCGCCAACGUCCGCCCUUGCGGUUGUUUCCCCUCCUACUCCUCGUCGUCCUCCUCGUCGUCCCUUUCCUCCGCCGAUCUCGCCAGAUCCGGAGGAGUAGGAGGCGGAGGAGAAGAGCGUGGGGGCGUUGGGAUCGGAGUGGUGGGUCCAGUAUCGCGGCUGAUGGAUAGCGAACCGGCCUUCCGGCGGUCCCGAUCGGUGGGGUUCCAGCUGCUCAGGACGAGAUCGGUGGCUUCCGCCGCUUCCGAAGUCGGCAACGUCGCGCAACCGUCUCCUCCGUCUGGAGGCGGCAAAGGGUGGGCUACGUUCUGGCCGUUCUCUUGGGCCCUGGGAAGGAGGGCAUCCGCGGAGACGGCGGGGGCGAAGCUGUACAGGUCGAGGUCGGUGGCCGCGGGGCGCUCGCCGGAUGCGAGUGGCGGCCGCAAGGUGGGGAGGGGGAAGGGGUCUCGGAGGUGGCACUUCCCGAGCCCGAUGAAGGUAUUCCGACGCCAGAAGUCGACGAUGAGGGUAGUUCAAGAGCGGUCACCGUUGUGGCGGGGGUGAGAAUGACCACCCUCGACUUAGAGAAAAGAGGUGCGUAUAAGGAGAUUCCUUUUAGCCUCUUGAUAAAUGUCGGCUAAUCAUUAUUACUAUUGUCACCGCCGUCUCAUAUUUUUGCGUUUUAUAAAUAUAAUCAAUUAAUUAGCACGGAUAAAUGAGAUAAUAAUCAGGUCCGUGGGAUGUCCAUCAGACGGUUAUCAACCGCACUGAGGAGGGGGAUCGGGAUAGUGUAAAUAGUUUGGGUUUCUUAGGGGAAAGUGCCAACGGAGGCCCUUCUUUAGGGAUCGCACGUGCAGGGUGCGUCCGUUGGUGCACGUGACGACGUCGUCGCCUCUCACGUUCGUCCCAUCGAACGAGGCGCGACGAUUGGGCUGUGGUCGUUGGCAACCACGAUGGCGACAACUGACACGGUCCUGCCACGUCGAGAACCGCCAUUGCUGCCAUGCUCUGCUUCCGGUCUGUGCCAAACAGGGAGCGUCUCCGCAGGCACGAAGUUUCAAACGGCCCGAGCUCGGGAAGGGCGCUGAGAAUUAUUGUUAACGACGGAAUGAAAAGAGAGGAGAGGGGUCUCGUUUAUUCUUUCAUUUGGAGAUGGAAAUAUUGGUACCGAACCAUCGGUAAAAGUAGGUGAUGUUGUCUAUUUUCCGUGGAAUGUUGCUUAUGGAUUUCCGUGUUCGACAGUAACUAAUGUAAAUUUCCAGUUGUUCAAACCAUGCAAUACUUUUAGUUACAUCCAUA